AAAUUGGCAGCAAGGCAGAAUACUAUGGUAUUGAGCAUGAUCUGAGGCCUGAAGAUAUUGCUCAGAAGGUCAGAGCAGCAGAAGAGAUGCUGAAGGACAUCAGACUUCGAAGACCUUUCAACUUCCAGAGGCAACUUGCUGUUGAAGAGUCUGAAGCAGCUCAAGACUUAUUAAGGAAAGCUGAAAGUUGGGAACAGAAACAUAAUGAAACCAGGUCUUUGAUUCCUGACAUAUUGGAUCAGCUUGGGGAACACAACACCAAGCUCACAGACUUCCAAGAGGCUUUGCACCAAGUUAUUGAUGACAUCAGAAAAACAGCCACUACAAAUAACGAAAGCAUUGCUAAACUCCAAGUGCAUGAGAAGCAACAAGAAAUAUUGGAGGAAGAUAUUGACACUCUGAACAAUACUCUAGGGAUGGCCACUGACAUUCUAGAUGUUUCUCAUGGAAUCAUCUUUGAAGUGAAUGAAGCAAUACAG